CCGGAGCCAAAUCCAAAAUAACACGGUCAGCAUGUGCUUCUGCUACAGUGUAAUUGUAUUGCCUUGCUUGGCAUCACAUACGAGUGUGAUUAGUUUAUGAGAGUUACAAAUGUGGUAUACCUUACUAUUUAUCUGCCAGACAUCCGAUAGCUGUCCGUCAUAGAAGAACUCGCGGAUCAUGUUUGUGUUCUUUUCGCUCAUUUUGAAAACGGCGUGAUCUGUGUAAAGUGAAGUGCAACCGAGCAGCGCCAUCGCAAGUCUCGGAAGUUGCUUUGGAAAAGGACGCGAAGAUCUUGGCACACAACAGUCAGGAAUCAUGGCUAAAUUCCUUUCAAGGAUUCCCGUGCUUUUCACCCGGUGCUGCGCACCCGCCUGGGGAGUCGGUACUACGCGCUUCGGACAGUGUUUACCGAGCCCUCGAGGGCCCUCCAGUGUGAACAACAGUGUAGCGCCGUUCUUGCUGCGAUCGUUUUCCACCGCAGCAGACGUUUCGAAAGCAACGGACGCUAAGAAUGAGGAACACGACAAACGUACUGCCCUGUUCAACACACCGAAAUGACGGUGGACGAUUUCAAGGAGCUCAUAACGAGCGAUGAGACGAGACGACGGAUUCACCUUGUCCUACUCGAGUACGUGAGCUGUCGCGACACUGUGGGACGCGUGCCUUCUGUGUUGAGCGUUGAGGACAUGGAGAAACUGCUCGGUAUCGGUUCUCCCAUACAAAGGACAAAGUACUUCAACUACCUGUUCAAGACCGAGAUGGCAGCGCGCGCCUUGAAGCGACGCAAGGAACAACGCAGACAAGAGCGGCUCGCGGCCAAGGAAGAGAAGUUGAAGAAGGCCGUUGAGGACGGCUCGAUUAACCACAUCCAGUACGGCAUCGAGAACACAAUUUUUCUUUUCAUCCGGGACCAAUCGAUUCACAGGUUUCAGAACUACAGACAGGCCUAUGCUGCCAUGUUUGGGCAAACAUUGGUGUUUGACCUGGACUACGAGCAGGAAAUGACGAAUCGCGAGGUGAUCAAUGCUGCUGACCAGCUGCAAGAAGCCUUUGCCGUAAACAGGCUCUCUCCAGAUCCGUUCAAUCUGGUCUUCUGUGGUCUGAAAGGCGAGCAGUACAGACAUCACGUAUACAAGGCCAUACCUCACUUGGGCAAGCCGAGCUGUCUCAUAACCGUCACUGAGAACAGCUACCUUGAUUUGUAUCCAAAGGAAAAGUUGGUCUACCUGACACCCGAUGCAAGGCAGCCGCUUCGCUACAGUGAUGAUGCUAUCUACAUCAUAGGUGCCAUGGUUGACCUCGGCACGCAGAUGCCAUACUCCAUGGCUCGAGCCAAGAGACAGGGAAUCAGUUUUGCUAGGCUUCCUCUGGAUGAGUACCUGCAGUGGGGCCAGUCGUCUUCCAAGACUCUCGCUCUGAACCACAUCACCCGCAUCCUUCUCGACAUGAAGGCCACCAAGAACUGGAAUGAGGCAUUCAAAGCGAUUCCCUCAAGGAAGCUCAAGUCUGCUGAACAGCUUAAAGCAGAAGAACAGUUCCAGGUCACCAAAGAACACAAGAAGCAGAGGGUGCUGAAGAAGUUUAACUUGAACAACAAUAAAUAAUCAAGCCUUAAAUAAAAGGUAGUAGAGAACUAAAAAAAAAUUGUGUGCAGCAUUUUUGUCAGUCUUGAUUAUAGUUGAAUGACCUGCUAGGCUACUUGCGUCUAAAAACUGUCCGAGGUGAAGGUUGCAAUGCCACAAGCAUUUUUGACUUUUCAUGUUUUUGUGUUAAGUGAAAGUCAAAGAGCGCUAAACUUUAGAAAAGGUGCUGGCAAGUGCCAGAGCACCCUCAAUAAUUUGGUAUAACUUAUUUCUAAAAACCAGUUCUGGUCUUGGUACCUAGAAGGUGAAUGUGUCGCGACAUCAUAAUACACUAGCUCACUUUGUUCCUGUGAUUGCCGCAGCUGCGUCAUGUGAACACAGCCAUAAAAAACAAGUGCAGUACCGUUGAUUUUUUGGGGAUGUGUGAACAUCAUUGUCAUGUCCGACUUUAUUGCUGCACGAUGUCAGCAAAUUUUGCUUGGGCUCAUGACAUUGAUGCAAAGUUCGGCAUUUCAAAACACCUUGAGCAUCAAAUUAAAAUAUCCUAUAGACGCUCAUACCUCCUAAGCGUGAACUUUUCACGUGCAAGAUGCGUGAGGUAAUAGUUUCUACCGCUUUAAAAGUGUGUGUCAGUACUCAUUUAAUGUUCUUAAGUGCACUGCACGUUGGCAUCGUUUCUCACAGAUAAAUAAA